AUGGAACACGAGGCCAUGCGAAGCGACCGUGACGCGCACAUCUUGUACCAAUGCAAGAAUAUCUUUAGGUACUACGCCGCAUACCAACGGGCCGUGACUUUGCACCCUGAGAAGUCCCCCGCAGAGCUCGAAACCGCGCUCUGCGAAGAUGCCGAGUUCGCGCACGUUCCUCAUACGAUGCUUUAG